CAUUGACAUUUGUUUGACGCUAUCUUAAACAGUUUGAGGUUAUUUUGGUAGACUGAGUUUAUUUAUUUUUAUAAUUAAAUUGUUUUUGUUUUCUUUCCCACGUUCACUUAAUUUCUAAUAUAAUGCCACCAAGCAUCCCUGAUAGAUGGAUACCAUACAAAGCAUGUGGAAAUGUCAUCGACGGUACCAGAAUAAUAUGUUUUAAGGUGCCAUUACGGAAGGGAGUUCAAAUUGGAAAUCCAGAAAUAACUGAAAUAUGGGAUAUUCCAGCGUUGUUACAAGCUGUGCCUAAUUUGGGAGGGGUGAUUGACCUCACUAAUACAAACCGCUAUUACAAUCCAAGGGAGCUACAGGCUGCAGGCGUGCUGCACAAAAAGAUUCUAAUGCCGGGCCGCAUCAUACCGCCUGAAGACAAAGUGCAAGAAUUUAUGGACACCGUUGACGAGUUCCUGGGAAAAAAUCGCGAUUUCCUGGUCGGCGUGCACUGCACGCACGGACUUAACCGCACGGGCUAUAUGGUGUGCCGGUACAUGCGAGAUCGCCUCCAUAUUCCCGCUAAAACUGUUAUCAAGAGAUUUGAAAUAGCUCGAGGGUAUCAAAUAGAAAGAGACAACUAUAUAGCAGAUCUUUUAGGAAAAUCACCUCCUGAGCCGGAUUUAGGAAAAGAUACAAUAAUUAAACCACAAAAUGACAGGAAAAAUAGUAUGUCUUACCAAUCCCCAUUAGGAGAAUAUGAUUAUGGAGAGACUAGUAAUAGCAGGUAUGAGUCAAGAUACAGACGGAGUAGAAAAGGCAGAGGGGACGAGAGGCACGAUCCAUAUAGACGUGAUUCUGGUGGGUCGUAUGAUUACAAAUACGACUAUUAAUUUGUUGUACAUUGUGCUGUUGAAAAGUGCGGUGUUUGAGAAUUAGAAAAUUGUUACUGUAAAGUAUUUCCCAAAUGUUUUUUCCACUCGUUUUGUUUCCAUUUGUACAUUGAUUCAAUACUUCAUAAUCUAAAAAUAUACGAGUGUACUUAAAACUAGAAAUAAUUGUUUGCUCAAAAACAUUAAGAUAAAUUUGUUAAACAUUCUAAAGAUCAAUUUUAUGAUUAUCAUUUGAUGUACAUUUGAAAUUAUUUUUCGUUUUCGUACAUUUAUUAUGAAACUUUAUGAAGUACGAAUUAAAUGUUUCACAAGUAACCAUAGAACAGACCGGGGUUAUUAUAAUACUGUAUUUUUGACUAUUCAUGUUUCCGUUACUUUCUAUACUCAAUCGUGUAUCAAAAAUGUUUUGCAUUCUUCGUAAUGUAAAAUUUUACGAACAUUUACUAUAUACAAAUUUAUUAUAAUGUAUUUCUGGUGUCUAAAUUAUUGAGAAAAAUAUUUAGUUUAUCUCAUACACUAAUAAAUUCAAUAACUAUUGUUUUGCAUAAUAUAAAUUACUGUCAUGACUUUAAUGUAUUAAUUUUUUUUAUAAAAAUAUAGCAUAUCUUAAAUUUA